UUUCAUCUUACCUGUUCCUCUAUCCAGCGGCGCGCUGUCUUCCCGGCUUCUGUAGUGUGGGCGCUCAGCAUGACAGCCGGAUGCCCAGUGCGCAUGAGCGAGAAGCACUUGCGCUUUGUGAUUGGUCCGGCGGCUUCUGGGAUCUGUCAUGUGUCCCAGGUACCGCCUUACCAUUCACAAAAAGCACCGCUUCUUGCGCAUGCGCACUUGGCACCCGGCUGUCAAGCCCAGUGCCCACACUACAGAAGCCGGGAAGACAGCGCGCCGCUGGAUAGAGGAACAGGUAAGGUCCCGCUGCAGAGCUGAGCGGCCGGCCGGCCCGGUAUUCUAACACGGCGGCGGUGGAAAUACCGGACCCGCUACUCCUUAUUCGCUUCAUAAGACGCACUGACAU